GCCAGGGAGGGAAGCCGAGGCGAGGCGAGGAGGUGGCGGGAGGAGGAGACAGCGAGGAAAGGUGUCAGAUAAAGGAGGGCUCUCCAGUUUGGAGGCAUCAUGGCCGCUAAAUCAGACGGAAGGCUGAAAAUGAAGAAGAGCAGCGACGUGGCGUUCACCCCGCUGCAGAACUCGGACCACUCGGGUUCGGUGCAAGGGUUGACUCCGGGCUUGCCGUCGGGGUCGGGAGCCGAGGACGAGGAGGCGGCUGGGGGCGGCUGCUGCCCGGACGGCGGCGGCUGUUCGCAGAAUGCGGCGAUUAACUCUGUGGUAUUCUGCUUUAUAGAAGAUGUGGCGCUGUGCCUGCGCCUGGGCAGGGAACAGCGGCGCUACUCGCUGUGGGACUGCCUCUGGAUCCUGGCCGCCGUGGCCGUGUACUUCGCGGACGUGGGCACGGACAUCUGGCUCGCCGUGGACUACUACUUGCGCGGCCAGCGCUGGUGGUUCGGACUCACGCUCUUCUUCGUGGUGCUCGGCUCGCUCUCGGUGCAGGUGUUCAGCUUCCGCUGGUUUGUGCACGAUUUCAGCACCGAGGACAGCGCCACAGCUGCCGCCGCCUCCAGCUACCCGCAGCCUGGAGCCGAGUGCAAGACCAUGGUUAGUAGUGGGUCUGCAGCCGCAGAAGGCGAGGCUCGCCCUUCCACGCCGCAAAGGCAGGCAUCCAACGCCAGCAAGAGCAACAUCGCCGCUACCAACAGUGGCAGCAACAGCAGCGGGGCCACUGGGGCCAGCGGCAAACACAGGUCUGCCUCCUGCUCCUUCUGCAUCUGGCUCCUGCAGUCACUCAUCCACAUCUUGCAGCUCGGGCAAAUCUGGAGAUAUUUCCACACAAUAUACUUAGGUAUUCGAAGCCGACAGAGUGGGGAGAAUGACAGAUGGAGGUUUUAUUGGAAAAUGGUGUAUGAGUAUGCAGAUGUGAGUAUGCUGCAUUUGCUAGCCACCUUUCUGGAAAGUGCUCCACAGCUGGUCCUGCAGCUCUGCAUUAUCGUACAGACUCAUAGCUUACAGGCCCUCCAAGGUUUCACAGCGGCAGCCUCCCUCGUGUCUUUGGCUUGGGCCUUGGCCUCUUACCAGAAGGCCCUCCGGGACUCUCGAGAUGACAAGAAGCCCAUCAGCUACAUGGCUGUCGUCAUCCAGUUCUGCUGGCAUUUCUUCACCAUCGCUGCCAGGGUCAUCACCUUUGCCCUCUUUGCCUCAGUUUUCCAGCUGUACUUUGGGAUUUUCAUCGUCCUUCACUGGUGCAUCAUGACCUUCUGGAUCGUCCACUGUGAGACAGAAUUCUGUAUCACCAAAUGGGAAGAGAUUGUAUUCGACAUGGUGGUGGGGAUCAUCUACAUCUUCAGCUGGUUCAAUGUCAAGGAAGGCAGGACACGCUGCAGGCUCUUUAUUUACUAUUUUGUGAUCCUUUUGGAAAAUACAGCCUUGAGUGCCCUCUGGUACCUCUACAAGGCCCCCCAGAUUGCAGAUGCAUUUGCCAUCCCGGCCCUGUGUGUGGUGUUCAGCAGCUUUUUAACUGGCGUCGUUUUUAUGCUGAUGUAUUAUGCCUUCUUUCACCCCAAUGGACCCAGAUUUGGGCAGUCACCAAGUUGUGCUUGUGAGGACCCAGCCGCUGCCUUCACUCUGCCUCCUGAAGUGGCCACGAGCACUCUCCGGUCCAUCUCCAACAACCGCAGUGUUGCCAGCGACCGUGACCAGAAAUUUGCAGAGAGGGACGGCUGCGUACCUGUCUUUCAAGUGAGGCCCACAGCCCCAUCCACCCCAUCAUCUCGCCCACCACGGAUUGAAGAAUCUGUCAUUAAAAUCGACCUGUUCAGAAACAGGUACCCAGCGUGGGAGAGACACGUUUUGGACCGGAGCCUCCGAAAGGCCAUUUUAGCCUUUGAAUGCUCCCCGUCUCCUCCGAGGCUGCAGUACAAAGACGACGCCCUUAUUCAGGAGCGGCUGGAGUACGAAACCACUUUAUGAAAUAAAGGGCCUUGGAGGAGCCACGACCUCCAGGUGAGGGGUGACAGCAGGGCUGUGGCAAUAACGAAACUUCACCCGAGAGCAGGGCGGCGAGCUGUCUUGCUCUCAGUCUGAUCAUCAUCACGACCAUCGUCUGACGCUCCAUCCGCGGACGGCCUGCUGCUGGUCUCCUUUCAGAGCAGCAGCCCCGAGAGUCUCCCGUUCCACCUGUAGGGGACGUGCCAGCGUAGCAGACUCCUUGAUGCGCCCAACUCCUCCUGCGCUGUCUUUCAGAGAGUCUGCCAGAGGGUACUAUGAUUAUGGAAAAUGUUGCCUCCGAUCAAUAGGGUGUUCUGACGGAAUUAACUGCUCUGUGCAUAAAAUAUAUCCAGUCAUACACACACAGACACACACGUACACGUACACUAAGACACACACCACCAGUCCUCUGUCGAAAUAGCUUAGGUGAUCUUUCUUGAUGCAAAGCUCUGAUUCCCACAGGAAUAUAAAAAACAAAGAGAGAGAGAAUAUAUUCCUCAAGACUUCAGAAAAAAAAUAACAGUACUGCUUAGAAAAGAACUCAUAAAUCAUUCUCAUUUGGAAACCAAUACCUUGCGUGAAAAGCCUAUCCAGCGGACAGCAAGCUCAAGUGUGUUUACACGUGUAUUAGAGUUGAUAAAAUGGUUUGUUUUCAACACAUUUCAGGACUUGUUUUUUUAUUUUAAAUUUUCAGUUGAGAACAUCUCUCAUGACAGAAAUCCUAUGCAGCACAUGGAUGGCUUUUGGCAAGACCAAGGAGCUCCAUAACUUAGUGAUGUAAAUUAAAUGGUAAUCAUGAUUCAGUAUUCAAUCACAAAAAUUUCAUAAAUACAGGAAGAGGAAAUGGGGGGAGGAGGGGCAAGGCAGAAUGAGCGCCGAAUCUCCCGGCGCGUGCAGCUCACCCUGGCCGGUAAGAGCAGAGCGGCGGGAGAGGACCGGGCCAUGACUGGAUGUUUCAAGUCACGGAAUGUGCGUGGCUCUGUGUGAUCGCAGGCAGGCACGAUUCCAGAACACGCCAUGCCCCCAUCUUUCUAGUGCCAAACAUCGUUCAACCACGGGACUGACAUGGAAGCCCUGAACAACUGAGAAUGAGUGGCCGUGAGCCCCUGAAAGCAGAAGCUAGAAUGAACAAUCAAGUUCUCCAUUGUGUACAGACUCUCCCACCACCUCCAAUUCAAGGUCAAAGUGAUGUGUCUUUUAAAGGCUUUGGGACACUUUUUAGUAAGUAUGAGCAGACAAAUGCAGUGAAUAUGCUAUGAAAAACCCUUCUGAACUGAUUGAGGGCUUAUCACUAGAUCCAGCUAAGAUUUGUAUUUGAAUCAUUUGUAAAGUCACACUCUUACAACAAGCUUCUGGUUUUAAAUACCUCCGUACAGCAAGUAAACAUUCCCCGCUUUCUGUUCCCAGUGUCCUCGGUCAUGGUGCUUUUUGUUGCAUUAAAAGUGCCGGUCAAACUUUGAUAGUAUUUUUUUAUAGUUGGUGCAGAGUGGAAUAACUCAUGGAUUAUUUCAAUAUUUUUGUAAUAAAAAAUAUAGGGUAUACAUAUAGGCAUCAUCACUUUUUUUACAGACCUGGAAUCGUUUAAAAUACUUUAAGCAUCAUAAUUACUUGGGAUGUCAGAAACUGGUCCACAAAUUCCAUCAGCCUGCCUCAGCAGAUUGAGAACACUUGUCUCUUGCAAGAUCACCCUUCUUUGUAAUGUCGGUGCCCCCAGGAACCUGGCCAGGGGUGCUAUCAGAAUAUCAGGUGACAAGAGAAUCAGCUUAACUAGAAAGGGCUUGUCAAGACUGGCCAUUGUUUCCCAGGAAAUCAAAGAUGUAAAUGAUUACUUUCAUCCAUCCAUUACGAUAAACCUGACCACAGUGGAAGAUGUCUUAAAUUUCCUUCCCUGGUUUUAUAUUAACCCAACUGACAUAUUAAAUAUUAGUCAAGUCACACACACACACACACACACACACACACACUCACACACACACACACACAUAUAAAAGAGUCAGUUUAACUUAAUUAUUCGGUUAUUGGGACUGUCCAAUUCACUUAAAAUAGUCAAGUUCUAUAGCCACCACCUCUAAUGGGUGUGCCAUACAGAGACUGCUGUUCCCAUGAUGACAUCCACAGGAAAUGACAGAGCACUCAACCUAGGACUUCUUUUGGUACAAAAGAAGCAAUGUUUAAAAAAUAGAUGUCAGUAGACGUACUUUUCUAGUACGCCAUGAUUUGAUCCUCCAAGCAAGAUUUCACUAAAAUAUAACCUUUUGUUCGGAUAUGAAAAGAUUAUCUAGUCACCAGUAAAGGCCCAGGAAGAUAUUCUUCUUGUCAGCAAUUGUAGAAGGAAAACAUGAUUGUGCUGCCAAAUUCUUCACUUUUGUGCAGAGCCAUGAGUUUUUAGCUUCAUUAUUUCUGAGACAACUUUUAAUUGAUGAUCUUUGAAUUGCUCAGUUGAACUAUACCUUUCAUUCCAUGGGCAAAUAACAGAUAACAAUUUAAUAGUGUCAAUCAACACAAACGCAACAAGCCCCAUCACUCUUCAAUCACGUAAGUCCUAAAUUAUUUCUCAACUUGAUCCCUCGUUUAACAUGUGAAGAGUCAAAACGAGUACUAUGUGAAUUAAAAAAAAUGUACUGUAUUUUGUUUUGGAGAUGAGAAUGCAGUCAGGAUGGUGUACAAAGUUUGAAUUUUUUUAAUGAUUUCCCAAAUACUGUAAAUACUCUGUUAUCCAACAUACUUGAAGAUUUUGAUGUUUUAGUUAGUCAAAAAUUUGUGUUAAGGAAAUGACAUCUCUAACAUUAAUUAAUUACAAAUUUUCUCAAGAUUAUAAGAACAAAAAAUUUACUUCCAAGGUAAAUCAUGACUUAAUCUUGCUUCCGUGAUUUUGAAAGCACUGCACUGACAUCAGAUUGUGUGGUAAUAACAACUUUUAUUAGUUUCUAGACACACAGAUAACAGAGAGUUUAAAGUAUUAGGAUUUAAAGAGACAUCGUCAAUGUGCAAAAGGAACAAAGUUUGAUUUUUGAAUUAUAUUUUAAUUAUUCCUAAGAUUUCAUUUUCAAUCUGCCAUUAAGUCUUUCUCAUAGAGUAACUGGGGAUUCCAAAAGGAAGAAGCCACGGUUAGCAUGCAAACCGGAAAUGCUGAAUUUUUAAUCUGUGCUCUCCGACUUCCUGUGCAUGAGUUUAUUGAAUUCCUUUAAGAGGAGAGAUCUGCUCUUUAUACUCACUUUUUGCAUAGGAUAAUGAAAUUUUCUAAAAGAAAAUAUUAUAAAAUUUAUAAUUAUUACUUUCAAAUUAGCAUUUCUAAAUGAAACCAUAUUUGAGAUUAAGAACAUAUAUAUCUUAACCACACUGAAACUUUAAGCAUUUGUGUGGAAGAAAAAAAUCUUUUUCUUGUAAGUCAAAGUUUGGUCCCCCAAAAUGACUAUGUCCUUUAAAUUCUCUUCUCACAUCUACAUUAUCUCUUACUCAACUAUGUGUUGUCUAAUUCAGUAACAUGGACUUUGCAGACAUUAGGUUACUAUUCAUUUAUGAUAAUGCUGUGAAUCUAACAAAUGAAAUAACUUUUCUUACUGACAUGGAAAGAAUAUUUAGUUCGAUUAUUAGCAAAAUAUAAAAUAUAAAGAUAAUCUGAAGAUAAAGUAUGAUGACGUUUUUAUGCUUAAUUUCUAAAUGCCCAAUUUAUUUUGAUCUAUGAAUAAAUAAAAUGAUAGCACUGACCAAUU